UUAGCCGACCAAGACCAUGACUAUUUGCCCAAAAAAAAAUAAAAAAAAUCAUAUUUUUGGAUUCGAAUUGGAGGGCCUUUUUUGUCCCUUAUGGGACAUCCGAUAAAAAAAUAAAUUGAAAGGACUUACUUAAGAAGUAUGUUAAUGCAUUUUUGGAAUAUCUAUUGACCUUCAAUUGUGGCACAAACAGUUACACAAUCUCUCAAAACUUUUCAUUUUCUUCAUCGCCAUCUGUCCUUAACCUCUCAACCGCUACAUCAUCAUUUACAAAUCAUCUUCUGUCAUCUCUUCUAUUUUUCCCCCCAAAGAAAUAGCAAUGGAAAAGAAAAAUCACCAUAUCUUGGUAACAUUUGCACUAUUAUUAUUAAUAUUGCAUCAACAAUCAUUCGCUACGCAACAUUUGGUUGGUGACUCAAUUUGGACUAUCCCUCCCACAAAUAACUUCUAUACUAACUGGUCUUCUUCCCAAGUUUUCUUCCCUGGAGACACUCUUUAUUUUGACUUUGAUCCAGAAUUUUACAAUGUGAUGCAAGUAUCAAGAAGAGAGUACGGUUAUUGCACGGCUAAUCAGCCUUACAAAGUAUUCAGUGAUGGUCCAGUGAAUAUUACAUUGAUGGAGGUAGGGGUAUUUUAUUACAUAUGCAGCAUUUUAAACUAUUGUUCAUUAGGCCAGAAAUUUAGUGUCACUGUCCUUCAAAAUUCGUCCAAUAACUCUGCACCAACUUCCUCGCCAUCGCCAUCGCCUUUGCCUUCCUACUGAGGCGGAUUCAGGAUUUAAAAUGAUCAGUUCGAUUUUAAGGUUUUUAGCAUUGAAUUCAUUGCACUUCUAAAGUUACAGGUUUAGAAGUUAUAUUUUGUUGAAAUUUUAGUAGUUUUCAUUUCUCGAUAGUAAAUUAGAA